GGCUUCGGCUUGUUUGGCGCAGUUAGUGAGUCAGAGUCGUCAGAGGAACGGCACGUCUCUACCGGCUUACAGUCAAUUCAUUUAAUUUUUAUUUUAUCUGUAUUCCGUUGUUUACAUACAUCGAUUUACAUACGUCCCUAGUCGGUACCAUGCGCUUGUCGUUAUAGUUUAAUAGUGGAGUUUGCAAUAUGAAGUUGUUUGUUUUUUGUUUUUUUGUUAUUGCGAAUAUCAGCAACAAUGGUAAGGCUUCUCUGGAAAGCUUCGCUCCGUCAAGUGAUACGAAUUUUCUGACCGAUACAACACAUAAAUCAGACAAAUCAUGCCACCGACCUUGCAAGUUCAACGUGAAACCUCGUAGAUGUUAUUAUAAUUUCGAAGUGGAGCCUUCAAUACAUGACGAUGGUCCAGCGUUAACUAUCAACGGUUUCAGUCCAGGACCAGCCCUACACGCUUGUGUUCAUGAUAUAAUUAUAGUACAAGUUAAGAAUAAGAUACCCGAUCAAGAUUUAGCCAUCCAUUGGCAUGGGCUGGAACAGCGCGGGACGCCCUAUAUGGAUGGAGUUCCCAUGAUUACUCAGUGUCCUAUUAAUUAUGGAUCUACAUUUAAAUAUGCGUUCAAGGUGUCGUCUCCAGGAACAUUCUUCUACCAUGCUUAUUCAGUUACUCACCAAAGCGACGGUGUCUAUGGUAGUCUGAUUGUAGACCAGCCGCAGCCUUUGGAGCCACAUUCUUCUUUAUACGAUUAUGAUAGAAGCCAAGAGCAUACUCUUAUAAUCGGUGCGAGAUUCCCAGAGUUACUUUCAGCUAGUUUGAAUGUUAUAAACGAUAUACCACCUAGUAGUCUCGUGAUAAACGGAGACGUCAAGGGAACUAAAAUAUUUGUAAUGCAAUCAUAUGGCUAUCGAUUGCGUCUUAUAAAUGCGAUUGGGCUCGAGUGUCCCAUACUGGUCAGUAUUAAUGACCAUUUGAUGACGGUUGUUGCCAGCGACGGGAAACCCGUUCAACCAGUAACUACAGCAGCUGUUAAACUUUAUCCUGGUGAACGAAUGGACGUAGUGGUACGCGCUGAUCAAACCAGUGGAGGCUAUUGGCUUAUGGCAAAAGGAGAAAGUGCAUGCGAUAAUUUGAAAGCCCGUUCUAUGUUCAUUUACUCGGGAUUUAACUAUACGUCAAUGUUAGAAGAAGUACCGAGCAACGAAUUGAAUUACGAUUCGAGUAGUGUAAUCACCGGCCAAAAGCUUUUAUCGAACAAAGACGUGAAUAUCGCAAAUAAAAUAAAAUCAUUUUACCUUGGCAUAGAUAAAAAUGCAAUUAAGGUUAAAGAUGAAGAUUUAGACUAUCGAUACACGAGCGAUGCUGUACCAAAAAAGCCCACAUAUCCUUCAGUGUUGUCCCUCACGGAUAGUGUAGUCCAAAUUAAUGGUAAGAACUUCCUAUUUCCAAAUGCACCGCUUUUAUUAAAACCUCGUGAUGUCUUUAAUCAUAUUGUUUGUGACGUGGGCGCUGAGGAAAAGCACUAUGAUGUGCAAUGUCUGCAGACUUUGAAGACUACGAAUGAAGAGGUGGAACUCAUUUUAGUAAAUGAAGGUUUCAACAGUAACGACUCGUAUACAUUUCACAUGCACGGCUAUGGCAUGCAUGUAGUUGCGUCAUGGCAGAGUCCAGCUGGACUCCCCUUAUCAAGAAAAGAAUUUGAGAAGUUGGAUAGGGAUGGCCUUAUCGUUAGAAACUUACAAAACCCGCCAAUUAAAGACACAAUAGCGGUGCCGAACAAAGGUUUUACGAUCGUAAGGAUCAACCCGGAUUACGGUGGCACUUGGUUGCUUGAAUGUAGGUCAUGCAGCCUCACACUACCUGUCGCAAUUUUAAUUAGCACACCCAUAUCACUACCUAAGGCAGUUGUUGACACGUUACCAAGUUGUGGUAGUUAUAAACCAGCUGAUGUGUUGCUUCACUGAAAGGAGACUGACGUUUAAGUGUUAUUUUUGUGUAUGGAAAGAGGGCAGUCAAAAUUGGAGAAACUAGUGAUAUUUCUAUACGUCAUAUGUUCACGAAAAUCGUAUGGCAUCUAUCUUUUGGAAAGUUCGUGUUAUGUUUAGAUACAAACAGUGUAAUUAAAAUGUAUUAGUACAAAAGCAUUUGAUAUUCGAGUGUGUACCUACUGCACUUUAUUGGAAAGCGUAUUUAUUGUACAUAGUUUUAAAGUUUAAUAAUUUAAGAUAAUAUAUUUUGCAGGUGCUUUAUUACAAAGGCUUGUAAUUUGUAAAUAAGGUAGUUUUAAGUUGUAUUUAUUUUGAAAAUGUGAUGAUUUUUUGUCAAAAAACGAUGAUAUGUUAUGAUUGUACAAUUUAUACGAAAUAAAUGAGUAAAUA